GAAUAAUCCAUCACUCCUUUGUUUCCCGACUUGUGUUCAUCUUUAAGAAAAUGGGAAGGUUAAUAUGGUUUUCCCAAAUCCUUUGCCUCUCCUUCAUGUUGUUACAGUUUCGAGUCCAAAGCUCCUCACCUUCUCAAUCUUCUCCCGAUUCACCACCACAUUUGUGCCGUCCUGAAGAGCAUUCUGCAUUGCUUGAUUUCAAAAACACUACUAAGUGGCUGAAAUACUGUCCUAUUAGUAGUGAUAUAAUACAAACUUGGAACGAGAGUAAAGACUGCUGCUUGUGGGAGGGCAUCACAUGCGAUAACAUGAAAGGUCACGUGAUUGGCCUUGAUCUUAGCAGUAAUUGUCUUGAAGCCAAUCUAACCACAAAUAGUAGUCUCUUCCGCCUUGAGAAAUUGCAAAGUCUGAACCUUUCUCACAAUUAUUUUCAUUAUCCUAACAUUUCAUUUGGGUUUGACCGUUGGAAGAGUUUGACAUAUCUUAAUCUUUCACAUACAGGAUACAUGGAUGGCUCUCUGCUGUUUGAUGAGAUCUUUUUGCUACCGAAAUUGGUUUCGCUAGAUCUCUCUGAUAAUUAUGGUUUGUUUCUGGACAACAUAAAGUUUCAAAUGCUUGUGCAUAACUUAACAGAAUUAAGAUUUCUUAUCCUUGAUUCUGUGAAUAUGUCUCUAGUUGUGCCUUCUUCCUUGCUAAACUUGGCUUCUUCCUUCGAGCAUUUGAGCCUUAGCUCUUGUAAUUUGCAAGGAAACUUUCCAAGCCAAGUUUUUCAGUUUCCAUCUCUCCAGCUUCUUGAUUUAAGUUACAAUUAUUAUUUAAGAGAGAUAACUUACCUAGAUUUUUCUUCUAACCUUUUGGAAGGACAGAUUCCAGAUGUUAUUGGAAAAAUGCACAAGCUAACUCAUUUGAGCUUUUCUAAUAACAGUUUUGGUGGUGAAAUUCCUGCAUCAAUCUCCAACCUCACCCAUCUUACUUUUUUGUCACUGUCAUCAAAUGAGCUAUUAGGUCGAGUACCAUCUUGGAUAAUCGACCUUUCUUCAAAUAAUUUAAGUGGCACUAUUACACCCAACAUGCUUUUGAAGCUAGACGUUGAGGAUCUUGAUCUUUCCAAUAAUAGUUUGCUGUCUUUGAGCCAUAAUGGCACUGCUGUCAACUAUUCCUUUCCAAAACUUCAGUCUUUAAGAUUCUCUUCUUGCAAUAUUCACAAGUUCCCAAGUUUCUUAAGGAAGGCAGAGAAUUUGCAAGAAUUGGAUAUUUCCAAGAACAAGAUUUCUAGUCAAAUUCACAAAUGGGAAGUAGAAGGGAUGUCAUUGAGUAGUUUAGACCUUUCUUAUAACUUUUUGACUGGUAUAGAUUUAUUUGGUUUUGGAUAUCUUGAAACUGUUGACCUGAGAUCCAACUUACUACAAGGAUCACUUCCCAUUUUAUCAACAACUCGGGAUUUUAUGCGUGGACUCCUUGUUUUAGGGAAUAAUUUGACUGGUGAAAUCCCUUCUUCUUAUUGCAAUUUGACUUCUCUUAGAGUUCUAUUCUUAGCUAAUAAUAGUUUGGGAGGGAAAAUUCCAGAAUGCCUUGGAAACUUGAGUGAUCUCUCCAUCUUGGAUCUGGGGAUGAAUAAGUUUCAUGGUAGAAUCCCAAAUUCAUUUGUAAACAACAGUUUCUUGAGAACUCUCGAGCUAAAUGGCAACCAGUUGAAAGGGAGACUGCCAUCAUCUUUGGUUAGUUGCAACCAGUUGGAAGUUCUAGAUGUGGGGAACAACAACUUGAAUGACAGCUUUCCACAAUGGUUAGGUGUUCUUCCAAGGCUACGAGUUCUCAUCCUUCGAUCUAAUCUAUUUCAUGGUGCCAUUAGCAAUUCUAUGCCUACAUUUUACUUCUCUCAAUUGAGAAUCAUUGAUGUCUCGCAGAAUGAUUUCACGGGUCUCCUACCAAGUAACCAUUUCAAAAAUUUGACAACUAUGAGAGAUGUAACUGGAGCUGAUAAAGCCAUAUGGGAAUACAUUGUUGAUACUAAUAUUUAUUAUAUGGAUUCUCUAACGAUAAUAAUGAAAGGCUUAGAGGUGACACUCGUAAGAAUCUUCAAAAGUUUCACAACCAUUGAUUUCUUAAGCAAUAGAUUCCAUGGGCAGAUUCUUGAAGAACUGGGAGAACUUAAUUCACUUGUAUUGCUGAACUUGUCUCACAACAGUCUCACUGGUGGAAUUCCAUCAUCCUUGGGGAAAAUGACAAUACUUGAAUCACUAGAUCUUUCAUCAAACAAGCUUGAAGGCAGGAUUCCAGAGCAAUUGACAAAUCUGACAUUCCUUUCGGUUUUGAAACUUUCACACAAUGAACUUGCACUACUAGAAAAAUGACGUAUACGGACCGAUCAUAUACGGACCGAAUAUUGUCGGUCCGAAAAACUAAAUAUUCGAACCAAUAUCGGUCUGAAUAUACCAAUGAACAUAUU